CCCCUCAUCAACUCCCCUUGGGCUUUUCCCCAUUGCACAGACAAAAGGUUGAGAGUGGAAGAGAGAAAGUGGAAAAUGAAAGAAGGUUGAACAGGCGAAGAGGUAGUGCAAAAGGGGGAUGUUGGCUCGCCUCGGUGAAUUUUCGUGUGACCUCGUGUAUCUUCGUGGACUGAUUGUGGAAUAGUUAUAUAGCUGGGAGUAGGGAAGAGGGGGUUGGUCUCAGUUCUCGUUGCGCGCAGUCGCCGAAGGAGUUGGAUCUCCACCAACAUCCGAGUAACCCAUGUAUUUCGACAAUAUUUUCCCCCCCAGCAACGGCACAAUUUCCCGUUAAAUAAAGACUAUUGAAAUAUCGGAGUAGAUGAAAAAAAUGUCAAAUUAGUCUGUCAACUUGAAUGGUGUUAUCGUGCGUGAAGUUUACCAGAGUCAUCAUCGAAGCAAUAAUGGAAAGUAGCACAAAGGUCGUGACGAUAUUGACGCAAGGCGCGAACCCCAUGGACGUAUGUGGCCAUGAGGGCUUUGACAGUUGUGCUUGAGAGACAGAUGUCGCCUCCAACAUCGCGGUCCACCCUAUCUUACUAAUGCUUUACCCAGUUGUCAACGAGUUUGUUGUUUCUAUAGAGAACCCUUCGGUUGAAAUUGGCCAGUUGACACCAGUUCAUUCUUCGGUAUUCAGUGAUUGUCAUCGCGAAUGAAGUGGUUCAGAGUUGGUUAAAGUUUGAUGACUGAGUGAAUGUUGAUGAUGUCUAGUGUCGUGAUAGUGGAAUGAUACGAGUGCUUGAGAUACUUGUUGUUUUGACAUCUUGUGGGGGCAAGUGAGGGGCGAUUUCCAGUAUUUUUAUUCAACGAGGGAUGUAAUGAGUGAGCACUCGGGCAGUUUUCUUGGAACAUUGUCAUUGGCCUGCCCUGGAGGGGAAAUAAUCAUGAAUGUGGAACAAGUAGUUUAGCUAUUCGCUGGACCGUACGCUGGCCAAUCUAGUGAUACGAAACACGGGAGUGUCGGCCACCAUUUUGACUGCGCUGAGGUUAUUGCAACUACUACUUUGAUCAACUCCGUUACCACUGAAGAAUUAAGACAUCGGAGUGAUAAUUUUGAUGAUCAGUUGAUCUCGAGGGAUUAAUUAAUCAUUUUCAAUACUGUGUUUCGUCUGUGAUGAUGUUAUCUAUUGUUUAACGAUUGAAUUAUGAUAAGUAGGCCGCGGUAUUCAACAUCAGAUGUCGAUGACGACGAGUUGUUUUUUGUUUUUCGAGUUUUGGAAUGCGGAGGCUGUGGUCCAUCAAAAAUAAUGUUCUGCGAGGGGGUCGCGAGGUGAGGGCUAUGGCGAGGGUUACGUGUGGCCCAGGGUAUAAUGGAAAUAAAAACAUGGAGCCAGAGUGUGUGCAUAUUGUUGAGGGGUGAGGACUUUGGGCUUGAUAAGCUUCUGGGAAUUUAUCAAUGCCAGUUAUGCCAAUUAAUCCCAUGAAUUCACCUUCGAAAUUGGAUGUUGUUGGGGAUUGUCGGGAGAAUCUGAGAGAUGCUCGUGGUAUGUGGAAACUUCGAGGAACUUGGUGAUGUCGGACAAUCAUUCUCCAGCUAUUUACAUUGAUAUUUAUCAGCUCUACUGAGUUAAUAGACGACAUUGGAAUAAUAGAUGAUAGGAAAAUGUGGACGAGUGUAUUGAUUUUCUGAAGAUUCGGAAAGGUCUCUUCGUUACUCGUGCGCGCGUGUGUACUAGUGUAGGUAGUACUAGUAAUGUGAUCUUCAUAUCGUUAUUAGAAGGAAAAAAAAAACAAAAUACAAGAUUUAUUGUUUCAAUUAGCAAGUUCAGGAUUCAUUGGUAUUCGCAAAGUUUUUACAUUUCUGGGUUUACGUGUGCCAAAUUACAUUGACAUUCACCGAAGGGGGGAAUGAAAAGCACGAGUGUUGUCGCUAUUUACGGAAUACGUGAGGUUCAAGUAGUGAAUAGUGAGACUGUCCGAUGGAUAAAUCAGUUUUGGUACAUUACGAUAUUGUUGUGUGAGUGAUAUUGCAGCUGUGAUGGAGACCAAGUGACGAUUUUUGUCGAGACUGAAUUGAUGAUUCCGAUGGGAUCAAUUUUUUAUUUUGUUUUGAUUUUCUUAAGUGAUUUUGGGAGUUAUACCCGAGUGACUGGCUCUUUUGAGGAUUAAAGCACACUGACGGCUGUUGUCAUCGGCAUUACACGAAUCUUGUUAUGCGUAAAUCACAGACAAACGAUUUGGGGGAGGUUGACUCCGGGAAAGUGGAGGCAAGUGAUUCCCAGGAGACGUUGGCAUCUGGGAGCACACGUGCGGAUAGUGAGGUGCUGACCGAUAACAAACUAAAGGACGUGAGAUACGUGGAGAGUGGCAUUAUUUCGAGGUACGAAGGUCGGUGAGCACCGAGACGGGGCGAGCAACCCCGUUGCCUCGGUCAACAAUUAACAACUCUCUCGUCUACGAACGUCGACGAACCACAGAACAGAUGUCCUGACAGUGGGCCGCAGGCCACCAGAAUGCCGACAGACGACGACUAUGGCCGAAGAGAACCUCUCCUGUUGCAUCAGCACUCUACCUCACAAUUCGGAGCAACCCCGUUGUACCCCGGAUCAGGAAGUAACCCCGGUAAUUCCAAUUCUCCGAGUAUUACAAGUAUACAAAGUAGUACCAGUAACAGCAGUGCUGACGUUGGAGCUCUACAAAGUUGUUAUCACAAACAGCCAGAGCCCCGAAUUCUUUCCUCUGUUUGCGCUAAUCACAGUUACGACCCAAAAUGUACAAUUAUCACUAGCAACAGUAGCCCUAACAAUAGCAAUGAUCGCCAAAUCUCUGGAAAUUCUGGUGACUAUGGCGGCCACAAGAUGGACUAUGAAAAAUCAAUGGACAGUCAGCAGCAGAAACUCGAUGAUAUAUCAAGAACAGUGCAGUCGUGCUGUGAGAGAUACGGAAUACCCUCCCACCAGGAUAGAUACAAUCAGUCUUUAUCGUCCACAUCAACCACUAAUAAUCAUCAGUAUUCAGGGCAGCAGCAAGCAAUCCUGCAGAACGACCCUCCCAGAUAUCCCCAAACGUUGCCAAACGAUCAGAGACUAUCAUCCUCGACUGAUCGUUAUUCGACUGAAAUUACAUCGACAACGGUAUCAAAGAGUACAACAACUGGUGAAUAUGCAAAUACUGGUGUACUUGCCCUAUCAACAACGAGUAAACUCUUCUCACCAGAGAGCUUUCCAUCCCCACCAUCACCAGCCCCAGCCAAUGAUUGCUUUAUACCACCACCUCCACUAUCUCCAAGCCCAAAUGACAAAUAUGCAUCAACUCAAAGUCUUGCUAAUUACACGCCCAAUGAUUGCAUUGUGCCGAACUCACCCAAUCCUCGAGAUCGAUACGGUACAGCGCCAGCUUCACCAAUGCUUAAGGACAGAUUUUCAUCGUCAGAUAGGCUCAUGGUGUCCUCUGCUGGUUCUUCACACGAUACCCGAGAUCAUCAUCAACGAUUUAGCACAUCUAGUGAGCGUCUCUUGUCCACUGGAUCACCUGUACAAAUUGCUCAUCAACGUGAUGGUGGUGGACACUUUCAGACACCAAGUAGUAUCAAAGACGUCAAUAGGUAUACAAUGUCAACCGAGAAAUUGGUGUCAUCGUCACCGAUUCAUGCACCAGUGCCUGAAAGAUUUGCGGGCAAGUCCAACGACAGAUUCAUCACUGAUUCGCCAAUGCAUGAACGUUACCAGAGACAAGAGUCAUCGGCUCUUCAUCACGACAAAUACUCGACACUUACCACGUGUGAGAGGUAUUUAUCGAGCUCACCGAACCCUGAAGGGGCUCAUCAGAGGUAUGCCUCAACGGAGAGAAUACUCUCUGGCGCCUCAGAUACCCAACAGUCGAGGAGGUACACAUCGGAUAGGACAGGCGACUGUCAGAAGUAUUCGGCGAGGGGUGAACGUUGCUCAAACUCUAGCUCACCGAUACCAGACGCCAGGGAUUAUCCUUGCAGGUACGCUGGCUUCCAGGAUGUCUCGAGUCAGUCUAGAUACUCGUUGGAUCGGUUCAAUGACCUUGCGCUUCAACGUUAUACCCAGUCAUCGAGAUCCAAUGACAGAUUCAACGAACGUGCAUAUUUAUCGAGUUCUUCGCCCUCCACCCACGACGGAAGACUCGCAUCAGAGCCAGGAAGAUACCCAUCAGCCUCCACGGAGCGCCUCCUCGUGUCAUCCUCCCCUUCAUCCUCCGAGAACAGUAGAUACCACAGUCUGUAUUCCACCUCAGCUCAGCCCGCAACCGAUCGUUUCAUCCAACAAUCACCAACUCCCGACGUCAGUACAAUUCGCAACUAUCAAAAUCAAAACUCAAAAAACGACAAAUUUAUUCAGGUAUCAAAAUCUGUAUCGAGUUACGAUCGUUAUCAGCUCACAAAUCCCGAUCACUAUGAUCGCUGCAACCAAGAACGUGGGUAUUCAAUGGAUCGUUACAAUAGCUCAACAAAUACAAUCGAUAGAUACCAGAAGAACGAUCAAAGGUACCAUGGAAAUAUUGAGCGUUACUCUCCUAUUCGUACUAUGGGGGACAAGUAUCUGUCAUUACCAAAACCAAAGGAUAUAUUCUCGACUGGUAGAAUAGGCACUUCGUCCUCACCAGUUAAUACAGGAAAUGAUCCCAGGAAUUACAGCGGUGGUAAUGCUUCGGGUGUCAGUUAUGUGCCACCACAUGCCCACACACCAGUCGAGAGAUAUGUACCCCAGCCACCCCCUGAGAUAUUGUACCCUGAUAGGUACGUGGACAGGUACAUUCCAUCGGCUGUGCACACACCAACCGAUCGUUAUGUACCAGCUGCGGAUCCUGGCGAUCCAUACAUGCGACGAGACCUUGGAUUUCAUCAUCACUACCGGCUACCACCACCAGGGUAUCCGUACCACCAGACGAAUUUUCGAUUUCGAGGAUUUGCUUAUGCCUCCCCUGGGCGGAUCAGUGGGAGCCCUGGGUCCAGUAGCUCAAGCAGUUCAACCUCAGCCCAGAGGGAAUUCUCUACUUCACCUUUGUUACGACCCAAAGUGCGAGCCUCCACGAUUGAAUUCACGAGCAGUGGGAGGUCCAGUCAUACGUGUUGUGAUGGAUCUAAUGGACAGAAGAAUUGCUGUCAAGUCAGAAGAUCUUUGCCACCCCCCCUGCCUUCUAUUCCUUCGAAUCAGUCUGCGCAUUCAUCGUGGCAACAAUCGCCGAGCUCGGGGACAACAGGGACCUCAACGAUUUCAUCCUCAGGGGCUGAUGGCGAAAGUUCACAGAGUAUUGGUAUGUACGCUGUGGGAAAUACAAACAGCGUUACAACAACUGAUAAACCAAUAACAACAGUUCCGACUAUCUCACCUUCUGUGCCUUCAGCUACGAAUGCUGCAUCAACAGCAAUCAGUACAUCAAGCUUGGCUAUUACGAGAAGUGUUUCGGCACCAGCAGGACCGCGACCCACUGUUGAGCCAUGCAAUUCAAGCAGCAGUGCUGGAUGUGUUGGGCAGAAGCCACGACUCAAGCGACAUAUGAGUCGAACGGAGGCGAUCAAGAACUACAUAAAAAAAGAAACUGCGACAUUCUUCGGUGUCGACGAGGAAACAGAGAGCCUAGAGAGACAAAGAUGGCUCGACAGGAGGAGGCGUAUGGCCUCUCGAAAGUACGGUGCUCUUCUCCCAGAGCACAAACCGGUGGAUCCUGACAUCACAAAAGAUAUCCCAGAUUCCACUGAAAUACCAGAGAAUAUUACAUUACGGCGAUGGCAGCAGCCUGUACGGAGAAAAGACUCGGUCGCACGAAUGACGUUGUCAGGGCUUCAUUACGUCGUUGAGACUCUGACACGACAGCGUCCACAGGAGAGAUCCGAACCACAGCCGGAAUCCCGUAGCUUUCCCCCUAGUGUAAUUUCAUCAUUUCCACCCACCGAUGGUAUUACCUCCGACAAUGAUGAGCAUAAUGCCGUUGGGGAUGAGGAAGAGGAGGCAUUCUUUCAACGGCCACCAGCUCCACCACCACCUCCCCCACCGCCUCUACCCUCGGCAACGCCUCAUCAGCAGUCUCAAGUUUCCCUUGAAUCGGGUAUUGGAGAUGCUCUCAAGAACGAAGACAUGUCUCGCACAGAGGCUGAUCAUAUUGACAGUGGAAGUAGAACUGUGGAAUCCACUUCUGGUGGAGGGGAAUUUGCCAGAUUUGCAUCACCAAAGAAGGAAGGUCCCUGUAUAGAAGCCCCCGAUCCACGUAGAGUUCGAUCAAUAGCAAAGGAUCAUUAUACCUCCAGAACAACCAAUUGGCGCAGGUCAGGACAGAGUGGACGAAUUGAUGGCGAGGCAACGAGCCAACAGCAAGAUGAAAGCGUAAUAUUGAGGAGAGACAUUACAGGGGGCACUAGGAUAUCGUCAAGUACUAUUGACCGUGUAUUUGACAACAGUAAUAGGCGACAAUAUGGCAUGGGCAUCGUCGGACGAUUCUUGGGCAGACGAUCAUUUCGUAAAAGUAUUGCCCAUAAACCCCAUGUGAGGAAACAAUUGGAUGAUAUUGAGGACCACAGACCGUUUUUCACCUAUUGGAUCACAACGGUUCAAAUCCUAGUGAUGAUUAUUUCACUGAUUUGUUACGGAUUCGGUCCUGUUGGAUUCGAUAUCAAGCAUAGAUCGGGCUUGGUACUCGUUACAAGUCUUUCAUUACAACAAGUUGAUUAUCAAGAGCCCGCGAAUUUCUGGAUCGGCCCCAGAGCCGCCGAUCUUAUCCACCUGGGGGCCAAAUUUGCCCCCUGUAUGCGAAGAGACUUGAAAAUCCUGAAGGAGAUCGACGUCUGGCGGGAACGUGAACGAGACACAGCUUGCUGCAUCAGAAACGACGACUCUGGCUGUGUGCAAUCGAGCAAAGCUGACUGUUCAAUCCGGGGAAUGAGAUCUACUCUGGCGAAUACCAUCUCAACAUGGAAAAAAUGGGUUCCUGGUGACAGUGGUCCUGGAGGUAGAAUAAGUGGAUCAGUUUGUGGAUUAGAUCCAAAAUUCUGUGAUGCACCAGCCAGUAUAGCCCCCUACGAAUGGCCAGAUGACAUUACAAAGUGGCCUAUCUGUCGUAAAAUGAAUCCCUUCAGUCAAAGAUUCAGAAGCAACAAUGGGCAUCCCCCGAGCAAUAGCAAUUUCCCAGUGGGACGUUACAAAGACAAAAUGGCUGAGCAUAUGGUGUGCGAAGUGAUUGGACACCCCUGUUGUAUCGGUAUUCACGGAAUGUGCAGAAUUACGACAAAAGAGUAUUGUGACUUUGUUCAUGGUUAUUUCCAUGAGGAGGCCUCAUUAUGCUCGCAAGUUGAGUGUCUCCAUGAUGUGUGCGGGAUGAUUCCUUUUUUACAUCCUGAGUGGCCGGAUCAGUUUUAUCGUCUGUUCACUACGACCUUUCUUCAUGCUGGUAUUCUUCAUCUGGCAAUCACCCUUCUCGUUCAAUAUUAUCUGAUGAGAGAUCUCGAAAAGUUGACGGGAUCUCUGAGGAUAGCCCUGAUAUAUUUUACUGGAGCUCUUGCUGGGAAUCUUGCGAGUGCCAUAUUCAUUCCAUACAGAGCUGAGGUGGGACCAGCAGGUGCCCAUUUUGCUCUCCUGGCGACGCUCGUCGUCGAGGUUUUAAACAGCUGGCCAAUGUUAAGGCAUCCACGAAGAGCCCUUUCAAAGCUCAUAAUGAUCCUGGCGGGUCUGCUGAUCCUGGGAAUUCUCCCUUGGGUGGACAACUAUGCCCACCUCUUCGGCUUCAUCUUUGGUUUUCUCGCGGCAUAUGCCUUAAUGCCCUUCAUAACCUUCGGCCAUUACGACCGCCGAAGAAAGGUCAUCCUCAUCUGGGUCUGCCUGGCCGUAAUACUCAGCCUUUUUGCCCUGUUAAUAGCCCUUUUCUACAACAUUCCAGUCUAUGAGUGCGAAGUCUGCAAGCUCUUCAACUGCAUUCCUUUCACUCGUGAUUUUUGCGCUUCUCAGAAUAUCAAUUUCAAGAGGGAGGAACCCGUAUGACAUAUGGGGCCGCGGUUACAAGUCGAGCGAAAAGUACCGUUCGGCCCACAAAUUGACGCUCGCUAUUCCAUAACUGAUUGCGAAUCCCUAAUUAUCGUUAUAACGAUUCUAUACGCAUUGAUACACAGAAAUAAAUUGCAAUUUCGUUGGCAAUUAAAAUUCAAGAAACUUCAAAUUUUACUGAAAAUUCAAUGAAAUUAUAAAUUGUUGAACAAAUAGCGGAAAUUACAUUUUUUCAAUGAGUUAGAUAGUCUUUUGGGUACACACAUUUCUGUUAGAUAUUUUCUCUCAAAAGUAUGUAAUCAAAGUGUAGAGUUUUUCAAUAGAAUUGAUCUAAAGUUAAUCAAAUUUUCAAAGGUGUAAUAAGGCUUUGAAACGGGAAGAGGUUUAUAACUUUCAGUGAAUAAUAUAUGAAAAAAAUUUACUGGAAUUUUUUUCAUUUGGAAUCUAGAGUUUCCAUCGAAUUGCCAUAAAUAUUUAAUGACUUAAUUCCUUGAACUUUCAAUAGAACUGAAGCUUGAUGAAAAUUUUCAAGAAUUGUAAUUAAGAAAUUGUCAACAGUGUACGACACCCGAUGAGACAUGAAUAUGGACUGAACUGUAGUACUUACACCAAUAAUCAUGAGAUUAAUGAAGUCAAGUGCAUCAGUAUUUUCCAAAAAGUAUUUUUAACAGCAUAUAAAUAUAGUUAUCACUCUCGAACGUUUUCUUCUACUGCCAUUCACUUUAAUAUGAUAAUUACCAUGAAAAAUGACAAGUAAAUACUCUGUAUGAAAAUUAAAGUCAUACAGAUGAAUAUUGAUGCCUUAAAAUUAAUCUACCGUUGAGCAGUUGUAAGACCUUCUAGAAUGGAGAUGAAUUUGAGGCAAUGUAAAUAUCUAAUCGAGAUUGAUUAUAAUUAAUGAUUAUUGGUAAUGGAGCUUCAGUGGCUGCACCUGACAAUGGUCACCAGUUAACGUAUUCAAAAAUUUCAUGGAUAAAUCUAGCAUUUUCAUUGGGAAAUUUUUCGCAAUGUUUAUUGGAAUCAUCUGGAGAACUUCAUGUUUCAUGCAUCAAAUCGUUAGACAUUUAUCCAAUUUAGUUCUUUCAUCUGGCGGAGACAGUUCAGCGUGAGUUUUAUUAAUUCUUUUCUCAACAAACAAACAUGGGAAAAUCCUUGUCUAAUAAUAAUCUAUAUAUUGCAUUUUAUGAAUAUUUCCAAUAGAAUUGGCUCUGAAAUAAGUGGAACUGUCUCAGAGAAUUUUAAUAGAAAAUACAAAAAAAUUUCCCAGCGAAAGCGCGAGGAUCUUCCGUUUAAUUUUUUCGUUCGUGUUGCCCCAUCUUAUUACCGAAAAUACGAUUUCUCUGACUGUUCGGUAUGAUUGUAAUUGUUUCCAGUAACCAAUCGUGUGUAAUCUAUAAAUUUUCAUAAUUAAUGAAAAUCCUUGUACAUAAUUACGAUGAACUAUUCUAACAUGGCUAUAAGCAACGAUUUAAAUUGACAUAACGAUGUGAAACAAAAAAUCAAGUGUACAUGUAAUAUAUUUUAUAUAGAGAGAAAAUAAACUGCGUGAGUAAGCACGCAUUUGAACGAUUAUCUUCGUGAAUGAAUGAAAAAGAAAAAUACCAAGUAAAAGGUGUAAAUUUUCAUAUGUAGAAGAAACAAAUCCUCGAUAAAUUUACGAAAAGAAUGUAAUUAAGUUUUUUAUUAAAAACAAAUUAUUGCAGUCGACUAUAAUGGCACAUUAAUAUGCAUCUAAACGAUCUAAUUAACUGUAAAUAUCACAAGUCCGAGAGGGUAAUGGUGGAUUAAAAGUAUUAACAGCAGGUAGGACUUAGGUGUGGGAGUUAUCUAUUUCGAAAAUGGUUUUGAGCGACUGAAUAUACUGUAAUUAUAUGAAUGUGUAUUUUAUUAUUACAGACGAUGAAAAAUGUGCAUUGAAUGAUGAGGAAUGGAGAAGUCUAUCAAUUGAAUAAUUAAUGAAAGUGGUGUAAACUCAUUUCCAAUUUUGGAUCGAGUUAUUUUAGUUUAAAUGACUACUGUAGACUCCUGUAACUGCUGUAACGGGUAUUAUUGCGAGGGAAUGUAAAGGAAUGAAGGUAAAUAAAAUAUAAAUAUUGACAGUAGUUAACAACAAAACUUUUCAAAUAUAAACUACACGAAAUGACAUGUGCCACGAUAUGAAAAAAAAAAUUAAAUCAGAAUGAUCCAUAAAGUUUACAGAAUACGUAUAUUAUCACUGCGUGUAACGUAUAAAGUACUAACUUACUGAUAUUAUUCGCCCUGAAGAUAUAAAUAUUCAUUCACCUAUUUUUGUUUUUUAAAUCAUCGUCAUUUUGUCAUUUGUAUAUGGUACUCAUAGAUCUUGGAGUUGAGGGGAAAAAUAAAUAUAUCAUCAAGGGUUAAGUCUAAUUGGAUAUUUAUUUCGUGAAGAAAAAAAAAAUUUUAUAUGGAUAACGUCAUGAAUAAAGAGUUCAUCGAUUAUAAUUUGAAUGAUAAAAAAAAAUAUGUACAUUGAAAUAAAUAUUUAUUUUGAACGUAUGAGACAACGGGGUGUACACAAGGAACAUGGAAAUAAUUAAUAUUUUCAAUUGUGAAAUGGCGACCAAAGAAUUAAAUUAAAGAGAAUGUAAAUUUUGAAUUUGGUGUUCUGGACAAACUUUUUCGUGUUGUUAUUGAGAGGGAAAAGAAUGAAAAAUAGAAUCAAAUUGAAUGCUUAAAUCACUGUAGCAACUUCCCAUUGAUAUUACCCAUGUUCUCUCCAAGUUGACCUUGCGAAAAAAAAAUAUUAAAACCCAAUAGUCGAACGAAUUAAUUGAAUAGUGAGAACACGAAAGAGUUUUUCUUACAGCCCGUUUAAACUUCAUAAUCAUAAUAUACAAUGACAACCACCAAAAAAAGUUAAGAAAUAAAAAUAGGCACCUUCUUUAUGUAUUAUGCAUCUCUGUACAAUCGCCCUAUGUGCAACGGUUAUUCAUGAAUAAAACGAAAUUUGUGGAAAAUUACUGACAAGUAUUCCCGAGUGUAUGUAGUACCAACCAAUCGGCGGCCCUUAAUACGAAUAUCUUAGUGAACAAUGACAAAUGCAGAAUACCUUUAUCAGUUGAUUGAAACUACAUCCGUGUGUUCUUUAGUAAUGUAUAAUUUCUCCCAUCGGAAAACCAAUGGAAUCUCCCAAUGUUCACAUUGAUGAAUAUUAUUUAUCAUUCUUAACGCGAAUAAAACGACUAUAAACAAUAUUGUGAGGUAUUAAUGUCAUAUAUCGCAUUCAAUUCCUCAAGAUUAUCAGAAUCUAUAACUGAAAUCUUGAACUGUUCCUGGGAAUAUGUGAAAAAAAAUUAUGCGAAGGGGAAUAUCCCCAACAAUAUCAACAGGCAUAUUCAAUUCCAUAAUAUAUAUUUCUUCAAUAUCCAGAUGAAUAAGGAUUCCUUAUCACUAUCAUGGAUUAACACAGCUACAACAUAAUCGAAAUAUUUAAACAUGCGCAGGUUUCCAGUCGAGCACAAAUGAAAUUUAUUCAUGAUGAUGACGGUCUACUUUCUCCUCGGCUCCAUUGACACCCAGAAGCCUCCCUUGGCGGCCAUACCCAAGACCUUCCUAUCGAAUUCCAACGGCAGUAUCAUCUUCUCCCCAAUACUGAGAUUGCACUUGAGAACGAGAUGAAAGAUGAGCAC